AUGCCAGCUGGGCUGGCGUUGCGGGAGCUGGAGACGCGCUUUGGCACCGGGCUGCUCUACCCGUACUACAUCCUCGUGCUGCAGCAGAUGGUGCUCGCCGUGCCCGGCACGCCGCGUCAAAACAUCACGGGGGCGUUCUUUGCGAAUGGCGAGCCGGUGCCGUUUGAGCUCGUCCGGAUGGCGUUUGACGCGGGCACGUCCUUCUCCAACACCACCACCGGGGGGCACUUGCGCUCCCUCAUCGAGACAUUCUUCACCAAGGACGGCGAUGCGACCUUCCUCUACGUAAUCAAGGGAGACCCCUUUGGCGACGUCUCGCGCAGGUGGCUGCACGAGGCGCGGUCCUACCUCGAGGAGGUGUCCCAGGCGGGCGGCUACGAGUGGCAGAUUGCCGGCAUGGGCGCCGUCACCAUAGACACGCAGGACUCCGUCCUCGCCGCGUUUCCGCUCGUCAUCGGCACGACUGCCCUCACUGUCUUCUGCUUGCUCGGCUGCGCCUUUGGGUCGGUGCUGGUGCCGAUGCGCUCUGUGCUGACGACGGCGUGCACGCUCGUCUUUGUCUACGCGACGUUGCAGAUCGUGCAGGGCGGCGCGCCGUACCAUCUCCUGCAGCUCGAGCUGAGGGCGCCGUGGGAGUGCCCGGGCGUCGCUUGGCUGGUGCCAGUGAUGACGUUCACGGUACUCACGGGGCUCAACACCGACUACGAUGUGUUUCUGGUCGCCGGCAUCCGGAAAAUGCGAGCCCUCGGCGCCUCCAAUGACGACGCCAUCGUCUCGGGCCUGCGUUCAAACGGCGGCGUCAUCACCACGGCUGGCGCAAUUAUGGCGCUGGCCUUUUCGGGGCUGCUCGCCUCAUCGACGCUCGCGGUGCACCAGGUUGCCUUUGUCGUCGUCCUUGCUGUCCUCGCCGACACGCUUGUCGUCCGCAUGUUGCUGGUCCCCGCCGUCAUGGCUCUGCUCGGCGAGUGGAACUGGUGGCCGACGGCGAUGCGCGACGCCGACGGGCCCUACCUGCCCUUGAGCGAAAAGUCACGGGCCGCGUUGCUGUGA